AUGAUGCCGCGUGGGCCGCCGCCGCGUGGGCCUUCCAUUGGAGGUUUCCCGGCACCUGGAGCGGCUCCUACACCACCCGCUGGGGGCGCGUUCGCUUCUCGAUUCGGCAAGCUCGCAGUCAAGGUUUUGCGCGCAUUCGAUCUGAAAAAGCUGGGCAUGAUGGACACGGCGGAUCCGUACGUGAAGCUCACGAUUGGCGCGCAGAAUGUGCAGACCAAGGUGCAGGAAGGUGGUGGCAAAACGCCGGAGUUCAACGAGAGUUUCGACUUCAAUAUCGCCACUGAGAAAGAGCUGGUUGUGGAGGUUUGGGACCGAGAGAAGGGUGGCCAGGACAGAUUUAUGGCGCAGGCCAAGGUGGAUAUUGUGACGUGGCUUGCCAAGGGCGGCUUCGAAGGCGAUAUCGAGUUGCAAGAUCGUGAGGGUACCGCUGCCGGAAAGCUGGCCAUAGUAGCCAAGUUUACCAAGCCCGAGGCUGGAGCUGCAGGUCCUGUGAAAGCCCCGCCCAUGGCGCCUCCAAUACUUUCAGGCCCAGCCGUUGCGCCGUUGCCACCAGGUGCAAAUGCCAUAUCCGUUCCGGGAGUUGCACCUGUGGCACCAUCAGAGCCGCCUCGAGAUCCGAAUGGCAAGUUUACGGACAAGGAGAUUUUGGAGGCAUUCCAGGCCUUCGAUCUUGACCACAACAACUAUGUGGGUGCUGCGGAGAUCCGCCACGUGCUGAUUAACAUUGGAGAAGCUCCCACGGACGAAGAAGUGGACGAGAUGAUCAAGAUGGUGGACAAGGACGGUGAUGGCCAGGUAAGCUUUGACGAGUUUUACGCAAUGGUGACAAAAGGAAAGCAGCCACCGCCCGGACUGGGCGUCGUCGCAACAUCGCCAGAAAAAGCUGGAGCCGCGGGCCCUGGAGGUGCAGCUACCGGUGCUCAGGCCAUCCAGCUGCGUAACCAGCGCAAGGUGGCGCUGGAAGAGUUCGCGCGUGAUAACGGCAUCAAACCCGAAAGCGUAAAGAAGGCGUACAAGCGUUUCCAAGCUACAGACAAGGAUGGAUCUGGGCAGAUCGACUACUCGGAGUUCUGCGAGGUGUUGCAGGUGGACCCGUCGCCACAGUGCGAGAAGGUGUUCCAGCUCUUCGACAACGAAAAGACCGGCCGGAUCGACGUGCGGGAGUUCAUGAUCGCGCUGUCCAACUUCACCGGCGCCGAGAAGGAGGAGAAGCUCAAGUUCGCGUUCCUCGUUUUCGACGAGGACGGCAACGGCGUGAUCACGCGGCAGGAGCUCAUAAAGAUCCUCAAGGCCAACCACAUGGCGUCCAGUGAAGCGGAGGUUUCGCGCAAGGCGGACACUAUUAUGUCCCAGGGCGACAAGGACGGCGAUGGCGUCAUCUCCUUCGACGAGUUCUCGGUUGUAAGCAAGAAGUUCCCCAAUAUUUUAUUCCCAGCCUACACCCUCGGCACAACGAAGGACUAG